AUGUUAAGACCGGAGCUUAGAGGGAUCAAUCUAAACACUUUGUCUUUGGAUGAUGCAUCGGCUUUAGAGAAACCUAUUGAAGAAGAUGAAGUGAAGGAAGCUAUUUGGUCUUGCGAUGGCAACAAGAGUCCGGGGCCGGAUGGGUUUUCUUUGGAGUUCUACAAAAGGAAUUGGAUCAUCAUUAAAGAAGACUUUAUGAAGUGUUGCAAUGACUUCUACCACAAAGGUACCCUUGUUAAAUCCAUCACCUCUUCUUUUCUUGCUCUAAUCCCUAAGAAGAAGAAUCCGCAAGAUUUGUUUGAAUAUCGUCCCAUUUGCUUAGUGGGGAGUAUUUAUAAGAUCAUUGCAAAGAUGCUAGCGGCUAGAAUGAGAUGUGUAGUGGAUAAAUUGGUCUCUAUCAAUCAAACCGCUUUUGUUCCGGGUAGAAGUAUGAUGGAUGGAGUGCUAAUGGUUAAUGAAAUCCUUGAUUGGGCAAAGAGAAAGAAGAAGGGGUGUUUACUCCUUAAAGUGGACUUCGAAAAGGCGUAUGACUCAAUUUCUUGGAAUUAUUUAAGGUGGAUUUUGGUGAAAAUGGGUUUUGGCAAAAGAUGGAUGAAAUGGAUGGAAGCUAGUAUUUUUACCAAUUUCAUGUCCGUGUUGGUAAAUGGAAGUGCAACUAGAGAAUUCAAGGUCCAAAGAGGUUUGCGACAAGGAGAUCCCAUGUCUCCCUUCUUGUUUGUUCUUGCUAUGGAAGGAUUGACCGCUUUAACUAAAAAAUCCGUGGAGGUGGGUGACUUUAAACCUUUCAAGUAUGGGGUCAACGACUUUGUGGAUAUUCUCCAAUUUGCGGAUGAUACCAUCAUACUAGGAGAACCUACAUAUGAUAACCUUUGGAGUUUAAAAGUGUUGUUGAGAGGUUUUGAAUUGGUAUCCGGUUUGAAAAUCAAUUUUCAUAAAAGUAACUUGUAUGGAAAGCACAUAGGAGAUUGGUUUUUUAACUCGGCGACCAUCUUCCUUGCGUGUAGAAAAGGUUGUUUCCCUUUUAAAUUCCUUGGUAUUUGGGUGGGCGAAGGUGCGCACAAGAAUAAGGUGUGCCAAGAGGUGAUAGACAACAUAAAAACAAGACUUUCUAUAUGGAGAGGAAGAAACAUAUCCAUUGGUGGGAGGGUUACUCUUAUUGGCUCCGUGCUUAAUGCUAAUCCUAUCUUUACACUUUCGUUCUACAAAGCUCCGAGCAAAAUCAUUCAAGCCAUAAGAAGUCUCCUUAGCAACUUUUUGUGGUGCGGGAAUUCUAAAUCUAGAUGUAUACAUUGGGUGAAGUGGGAGAAUGUGUGCAAGCCUAAAGAGAAAGGAGGGUUAGGAAUUAGAGAUGUGGGAGAAAUGAACAAAUCCCUUCUUCUUAAAUGGAAGUGGAGAAUUUUAAAGGAAGAUAACGCUAUUUGGAGUAGAUUCUUACUCUUGAGAUACCACAAUCCUAAGACUAAAGUGUUGGCUUCAAGCAAGGAUCUUUUAAAUGGAGAUGAUUCCCGUUGGUGGAGAGAUAUCGUUCUUAAUGACUUUAAAGAGGACGAUUUGAACCAAGGAUUUAACGAAUGGGUUAAAUGUGAGUUUAAGCAAGGAAACAAUAUUCUCUUUUGGUAUAGUUGUUGGGUGGAUGAACAUCCGCUUAGAGUCACUUUUCCGUUCUUGUUUGCUAGAACAACCAACAAUCUUUGCUCGGUGAGUGAUCUCUACUCUUCUAACCAAGGUGAGAUCACUUGGAAAUUAGAAGACAUUUUUGGUGCGGAUGUGUUGAACUCUUCGGUUCCGAUGGCUUCUUCCUCCACCACUUCCGCUUCGGACUUGAUUAUUGGCGAGGAGCUUAGGGACUUGAGAAUGAUUCUUCAAGGGAAGGCGCCGGACUUGUUGGCAUCGGUUGAUUUCCAUUGGAAGUUAUCUUCCAACGGAACCUUCUCGGUGUCUAGUGUGUCGCAUUUGGUCUCAAAUGCAAAGGAGUUAGCUUGGCCAAUCCCAAUUACCAAGUUGUUGGAAGUCAUUUGGAAGACCAACAUUCCGGAAAAGAUCAAGAUUUUUGCGUGGAGAUUCUUCAUCAAUAGGUUACCUUUAAAAGACCAACUCGUCAAUAGAGGUGUGCCUACUCUUUCUUCCAUAGAUUGUCUUUUUUGUUCAAAUCACCCGGAAACGUUGGAUCAUCUUUUUUUCCAUUGCCAAGCUACAAAGGCGGUAUGGAUUAAAAUUUACAUGUGGUUGGGGAAUGAUUUGAAGCUUUCUUUAGAGGAGUUCAAGAGUUUUGGGAGUAUCCAACAAAAGGUGAAAAACACCAACAUUAAAGUUGUUCUAAAUUCAGUUUGGAUAGCCUUAAUUUGGUGUAUUUGGAAUAUGAGAAAUAAUAUGGUAUUUGAAGAAGGCACCUUUAGCUUCGACGAGGUGAUAUCAAACAUUAUGUUUUUUUCAUGGAGAUGGGCUAGCAACAAGGAGCUUCCUAGUAGGAUAAACUUCUAUGAUUGGUAUAAAUUUCCUUUACUUUGUAUCAAAACACCCUAG